AUGGCACCGCCGGGGGGUGGCGGGGAGGUGCGGGAUGGGGACAGCGCUGGGGACAGGGACAGAGCUCCCGCGGAAGGGAUGCGGCGCUUCACCUGGGAGGAGAUCGGGCAGCGGGGGGCGGCGGGGCAGGAGCGCUGGCUGGUGAUCCACAGGAAGGUGUACGACAUCAGCCACUUCUGCCGGAGACACCCGGGGGGAGCCCGGCUCCUGGUCAGCCACGCCGGGCAGGACGCCACGGAUGCAUUUGUGGCAUUCCACGUUGACAAGGCACUGGUGAGCAAAUACUUGAAGCCACUGCAGAUUGGGGAGCUGGCACCAGACCAACCCAGUAUUGAGCCCACUAAAAAUGAAAUGCUGGUGAAAGAUUUCCGGGAAUUGCGCGCUACAGUUGAGAGUUUGGGACUCCUGGAGCCAAACCAACUCUUCUUCUUCCUGCUCCUGGCUCACAUCCUGCUCUUGGAUAUGUCUGCCUGGCUCAUCCUCUUCUACUUCGGGACAUCCUUGCUGCCCUUCGUUUUCUCCCUGCUGCUGCUGACCAUUUCCCAGGUCCAGGCUUCCUGGUUACAGCAUGAUUUAGGACACCUCUCAGUAUUCAGGAAAACCAAAUGGAACCACUUGCUACACAAGUUUGUGAUGUGCCACUUGAUUGGGGCCUCGGCCAAGUGGUGGACUCUCCUGCACUCCCAGCACCACGCCAAGCCCAACUGCUUCCACAAGGACCCUGACAUUGACAUGCACCCUUUCCUCUUCACUUUGGGGAAGAAAUUCUCUGUGGAGCUUGGCAUCAAAAAGAAAAAAUACAUGCCCUACAACCACCAACACAAAUACUUCUUCAUCACUCUUCCUCCACUCCUGUUCCCCACCUACUUCCACUGCCACACAUUCUACAUUGCCUACACAAAGAAGUACUGGGUGGACUUGGCCUGGAUGCUGACCUUCUACAUCAGAUUCUUUUAUACUUACGGAUCUUUAUUAGAAACAAAGAGUCUCCUGGCAUAUUAUUUUAUAUUCAGGAUGCUGGAGAGCAGCUGGUUUGUCUGGGUCUCACAGAUGAACCAUAUCCCAAUGGAUAUCGACUACGACAAGAAUUUGGACUGGAUGUCUACUCAGCUCCAGGCAACCUGCAACGUGGAGCAGUCGCUGUUCAAUGACUGGUUCACGGGGCACCUCAACUUCCAGAUUGAGCAUCACCUGUUUCCCUCCAUGCCACGGCACAACUACUGGAAGGUGGCCCCUCUGGUGAAGUCCCUGUGUGCCAAGCACGGCCUCGAGUACCAGUGCAAGCCUCUGCUCACAGCCUUCGCAGACAUCGUGCAUUCCCUAAAGAGCUCAGGCGAGCUCUGGCACGAUGCCUACCUGCACAAAUAA